AUGGCAGCUUUGCCAGAGGAUGCGUUCCCCAACCCGUAUGAUCCGCCGGCCGGCGAAAAUAGGAAUGGGGCCACGUCUGAGGCACCGUCAGCACCGGCGCAAGAUAGCGAGGAGGAUGAAUUGUCUCGAGCUCUACGUGCAUCGCUCGUAGUGCAGCAGGACCAGGCGCAAAAGCGGCAGGACGAAGAGGAAGCCAUGUUGCAGGAGGCCUUGAGGGCUAGUGAAGCCGAGCACGCUAUGCAGCAGCGCGAAAGGGAGCAGCAGCAGCAACGCAUCGAGGAGAUUAUGGAAGAGUCGCGCCGCGAAGCGUAUCGCGACCAGCGACGCCGCGAGGCAGAAAAGCAGCGACAUGCACUGUUAGAGAUGGAAAUAAUCGCGCAGAGUCGACAAGAGCAUGAGCGACGGAUCCGUGCGCUCUCACCAGGCCCACCAGACUCCCACUCGAUCGAGUCUGCCCCCGAGAUGGAGGCGCUCUUGUGGCUCCGUGCGCGGCCCUCGAUAUUAACGCCUGGGGGCAGUUUAAGUCAAGGCGUGCCGAUACAGGAUGAGGCAGAGCACCAGGCGCCAGAGGCGCUGUCGUAUCAAGAGCCAACGAAUCCAUGGGUGCGAGAGCCGACGCCGCCUUCACCUGACCAAGAGCCCGAGCUGCCGAAGCCUGUCCCGCCCGAGUCACACACGCUGAGCCGGUACGAACAAAUGUUUGGGCGCCAUGAAGAAGAGGAUGAUGGAUUUCUGUCUGACGCGCCAGAAAGUCCGUGGUCGAGGAGUGACGAUGAGCCGCCCGUUUCGUCGGCAGAGCCGGACUCGUGUGCCGCCGAGGCGCCUCUUACCGAACCUGCUCCAGAAGAUCCGGGCUGGGAGGAGCCCACGGCCCAGCCAGACGACUGCGAUGCAUCCGCUGCUCCGGCCGAGUCGCCGCCUCAGCUUGCCACUGAGGCAGCCGACCAUGAUCUCCCGCUUCUUCCGUAUCCGCCAGAGUACGCCGAGGGGCAGCCAGCUCUGCGUGGCGUCCAGUUUGGUACGGCGACGCAUGCCUACGCCAUGGAUCUGUAUGCACCGAGCGGUGCCAUAUUAUACCCUACCCCGGACGUGGCGUCCGAAUGCUGCAUGCCACCGGAGCACAAGCUCUACUUCCCUGAUGUGAUUGAGCUAGGAACGGAGCGACCGUACUUUGUGUUGCGUGCGUACUCGUGGAAGAUGCUCUUGCAGGCCAUGGCAUGGCACGGCAAGACGCGCGUCGAGGCGCCUUCCACGAGUCUGUACUUGCACGUCGCGCUCUCUGUGCCUCGUCGCGCCGACACUCUGCCGUUCGCGUCGCCGUCGUUUGCGCUCCUCGCUCUCAGCACUCGGAGCCAGCCCCUGCUCAAGACGCCGGAGAUAGCAUCCUUCUGCAAGGAGCGGCAAUCUACGCUGACGUGCGUGCCCUUGGUGUCUCACCCCCUGGCUCUGCCUACGGACCUCGUGACGCUCGCUCAUACGCUGUUCUCCGCCCCGCAGCUCAGUCACGCUUCGUCCCUGCGUGAGCUGCACCAGGCCAUCUCGGUCGAAGACGACUGGCUCGAGACGCGGAGCCAGUGCGUCCCGCUGUCGUCGGCGCCGCUCCUGGGCGCACUGGAGCAGCAAUGCCUCCACCAGCAACUGAGCCUGCACCAGCAUCCGCUCGAGCCACUGCAGGACAGCCAGGACGCGCCACCGCCUCGCGAGCACUUUCGAGACCGCAUGCGCCGCAAGCUCUCGCGGUGGAAUGUGGCGUCGAACGUCGCGCCCGAGGAGGACCUCGCGACGUGGAUCACACCGUACGACCUGUCCUCGGUGCCUCCAUAG